UCGCUUGUAUUGAUACUUUCAAUUUCCAAACUCAUCAUCAUGUCUGGUCGUGGUAAAGGAGGAAAGGCAAAGGGAAAGUCAAAGACCCGUUCAAGUCGCGCUGGACUCCAGUUCCCAGUCGGUCGUAUCCAUCGUAUGUUGCGCAAAGGCAACUACGCAGAACGUGUUGGAGCUGGGGCCCCAGUCUACCUCGCAGCUGUUAUGGAAUAUCUGGCCGCUGAAGUUCUCGAGUUGGCAGGUAACGCUGCUCGUGACAACAAGAAGACUCGUAUCAUCCCACGUCAUCUCCAGCUGGCCAUCCGUAACGACGAGGAGUUGAACAAACUUCUCUCUGGAGUCACCAUCGCUCAAGGUGGAGUUCUACCCAACAUCCAAGCUGUCUUGUUGCCCAAGAAAACCGAAAAAAGCAGCUCUUAAAUUAAACAUCAAUUCAAAUAAAAAAACAAAACGGCCCUUUUCAGGGCCACCAAUUUUUUCAUACUAAGAAAAUUUACCAAGUGGUAUCAUUAAUCCUAAAGAAAUAAUUUAUGACUGCCUGAUCACAUUCUGCCUAAUUUUGACUUGUUCUAGUUUGCAAAAUUUUUUGUUAACUUAAAACCUACAUGACAAAUAAUCAAAUU